CUUUGACGUCACACGGCGGGAGGAAGAAGAGGAAAUGGACGUCGCAGCGAAAACGUACAAAGUUGAAGUCCCCACUCUUGCUUGGUUGGAGCGUAACUUCCUCGGAGCCUUUAACAGCCAAGUUAUCUUGUCAUGUUUCACCCGUGUGUACAAAACGCGGGCUAGCAGAUGGAGUGGACUUUUAGUUUCAUUCCUUCGCCGAGAUCACGGGAAGUCCACUUCACUUCACCAUCGGAUUAGUGAAGAGGACCCGGGUUGAUCGUGUUUGAGCAUUAAGUGGACGUUCCGACAAGGAGACGAGUGAUUUGUGACAAACGUCAAUGACGUGACGCCAUCUUUAAUUGCCGUCUCCAUGAAAUGGCGUCAUCGAGGAACGACUGUCUCGUUUCUCCAUCCAUUUGUCCCCUUCCGCCUCGCUCCUCUGUCGCUCUCCUCGAUGGAGCUCGGUUGGGAGGCGCAACCAACAACAGAAGACCGAGAGGUUGCAGAGGUAGAUCUCGGCCCGUGGCUUUUGCGGACUCCCAGUCAGCCCGAACGCAUCAUGAGAGCAGCCUCCUCGGAGCCUCAGUGUUUCUGCGCAUGCGCACUGAGCGUUUCGGGGAUGGGUCUAGCGAACGAAUCAAGAUGGCGACUCUGGCAAAAGCGCCAACACACCGAGCGAAGUAGAUGAGCCCAAUUGGCCCCGUUAGCGGUUUUCCUCGCGCCCAAGCGAGGCUUUGGUGAACCAUGACGAGCGGCCGCGUGCUUUGGAGACGGGAUUGAGCGGGAUUGAAGGAGCGCUACCGACGAUGUGCGAGAGCUAUGGCCGCUCGCUGCUGCGUGUGUCGGUGGCGCAGAUCUGUCAGGCUCUGGGCUGGGACGCCGUUCAGCUAACCGCCUGCGACCUGCUGGCCGAUGUGCUGCAGCGAUACAUCCAGCAGAUGGGCCGCGUCUGCCAUCGCUACUCGGAGCUGUACGGGAGGACGGAUCCUGUCCUGGACGAUGUGAGUCAGGCUUUCCGGCUGCUGGGCGUGAGUCUGAGCGAAUUGGACGACUAUGUCAACAACCUGGAACCCGUGGCCUUCCCCCAGCAGCUGCCCACCUUCCCCGUCGCCAAGAACAACGUCCUGCAGUUCCCUCAGCCUGGCGCGCUGUUCGCCGAAGAGCGCAGGGACUAUAUUCCCGAUUACAUGCCGCCCCUGGUCUCUUUACAAGAAGAAGAGGAGGAGGAGGUCCUUCCCGACACGGGCACCUCGGCCGAAGCCAUGCAGGUGGCCAUGGAGGAGGACGACGAGGACGACGAGGACGAGGCGGUCAACGACGAGAACCACCCGCUCAAGAGGCCCCUGGACAGCCCCGACGAGGCGAUGGGCAUGAUGCCCACGUCCAAGCGGCCGCGCGGGCUCUCCGGCCUCAGCCCCGAGUGGGCCGCCGAGCCCCGGGAGCCCCUCACCUCCCUCAACCCUCAGCGCGUGCCUCCUCCGGGCACGCUGCCUUCUCACGACGACCUCCAGCCGCCGUCGCCCGAAAGCCCGGCCGGGGCUCCGCCCUCCUUCAGACCUCAGCCUCCCGUCGGCAAAUAUCCCGAUCCGAAGGCCCUCGGCGGCAGCGCCGCCGCGGCGAGAAAGCCCAACGUCUCGUCGCCCGGGAGACAAAGGACUAAGUCCCCGAAGGGGCUCGUUCCCGCCUCGGGCAGCGGCGCUCUCGUUCAUUCCCCCCCUAAAACGUCCAGGGAGAGGAAGAAAUCCCCAGGCAGGACAAAGAGUCCAAAAAGUCCCAAAAGCCCCAAGGCGCCGGUUGUGGCCAAGGCUCCUCAGCCCCCGAGCAGGGUGGACGGCGUUCACAAGUCGCCGCUGCCCCUGUCGGGCAAAGAGAACAUCCACCUGCGGCACGACGGCAAGGAGCCCGAGCUGGGCCCCCUCCUCAAAGCGGAGCCCGACAACGGCGCCAUCGAGGACUCCAUCAGCGCCGUCAUCGCCAAGGCGUGUUCGGAGCGCCAGCCCGACCCCUUCGCCUUCUCUUCGGGCUCCGACUCGGACAGCAACGGCUUCUCCAGCCCCAGGAGGCUGACCAUCAUGGAGCCGGUUGCGCCCAAAGCCCCGCCGGGCGCAACCGGCCUCUCGGCGCCCGGCCUCUCGGCGCCGGGCGCAACCGGCCUCUCGGCGCCGGGCGCGACCGGCCUCUCGGCGCCGCUCCACCUGCAGCCGGGCCCCGGCAGGUGGACCCUAGACGACUCCAUCGACGAGGUGAUCCGGAAGGCGCACCGGGGCGGGCCUCCGGCCCAGACGCCCGAGCGCCGAGAGGACGUCUCGUCCGGCUCGGCCUCGCCUCCCACGCCCGAACCCCUGCUCAAGGCGUUCCAGGAGAAAAGCAAGCUGGCGGCGGACGUGAAGAAGAAGCUGAAGAAGGAGCUGAAGAGCAAGCUGAAGAAGAAGGAGAAGCCCAAAGACAAGGAGCGGGAGAAGGACAAGAGCAAGGGCAAGGACAAGAUCAAGGAGAAAAACAAGAGCAAGGACCCGUCCAAGGACGGCAAGAUGCUCUGGAAGGACGGCGAGCUCCCGGGCCAGCGGGACUUUGCGCUGGCCGCCGACGGCGCCGUCAAGCUCAAAAGCAGGGACGGAGACGGCAAGAAAGACAGGGACAAGCACAAAGACAAAAAGAAGGACAAGGGCAAGAAGGACAAGGAGAAGAAAGACAAGGGCAAGGACAAGAGCAAGGAGGAGAGGCAGAAGCAAGGCGGGGCCCCCGCCGAGCUGGCCGCCCUCUUCGGCCAGCGCCUGCCGCCGCCGCCGCCGCCCUCCGUGCCCGUCGUCCUCCAGGACGCCAAGAGCAAAGACAAGAAGAGGGACAAGAAGGAGAAGAAGAAAAAGAAGGAGCGAGAGAGGCUCAAGGAGAAGGAGCGCGACAAGGAGGAGAAGAGGAAAGACAAGGACAAACGGGACAAGGAGAGAGACAAGGAGAGACUCCGAUUGGAGAAGGUGAAGGCCGCCGACUCCACGCCGCCGCCGCCGCCGCUGCCGGUGCUCCCCUCUCCGGUCAUUCCCAGGCUGACGCUGCGAGUGGGAGGCCAAGACAAAAUCGUCAUCAGCAAGGUGCUUCCCAACUCGGAAGCAAAAUCUCCAGCCCCCAAGACGCCCGCCUCCAAGUCGACUCCCGCCGGCCGUCCCCGCUCGCCGCCGCCUCCCAUCCUGUUGCCGGCGUGCACGGGGGCCGGGUCACCGCCGCUGGCGCCGCUGCUGGCGCCACCCCCGCCGGCCCCCGCGCCCUCGCUGUUGUCGGCGGCCAUGCCGCUGUCCUCGCCCGCCUCCCUCAAGAUGCCCGUACGCAGCGUGGUCACCGAGACGGUCAGCACCUACGUGAUUCGAGACGAAAGCGGCAAUCAGAUCUGGAUCUGUCCCGGAUGCGACAAGCCCGACGACGGCAGCCCCAUGAUUGGCUGCGACGACUGCGACGACUGGUAUCACUGGGUUUGCGUGGGAAUUGUGGCAGCGCCCCCUGCGGACCAGCAGUGGUUUUGUGUCAAAUGUUCCUGCAAGAAGAAGGACAAAAAACACAAGAAGAAGAAACACAAACCGCAUUGAGUCUAUGCAAAAAGGCGCUUUUUUCUUUUUGGGGAAAAAGUGGAGCAUUUUUAGUCCUGUUAGCCCAGACAACAAGUUGGGGCUGGGCGGGGGGCCGGGGGUACAGUUUUAACCAGCACACACCAGAUGAUGAGCCCGGCAAUCUUCUCAC